AUGGCGUCUACCCUCCGUCUAAGCUCCUCUGCCUUUCGAACUACGCUGCGGGCCCCCAAUUUUGCGGUCCGUACCACAGCGUUCAACGCAGCACGAUGCUAUUCUUCUUCUAAAAGCCAGACCUUGAAGGAGCGCUUUGCCGAGCUACUCCCCGAGAAGAUUGAAGAGAUCAAGGCCCUAAGAAAAGAGCAUGGCUCUAAGGUCAUCGACAAGGUCACCCUCGACCAGGUCUAUGGUGGUGCCCGAGGAAUUAAAGCUCUAGUAUGGGAAGGUUCAGUCCUUGACUCCGAGGAGGGUAUCCGCUUCCGAGGCAAGACGAUCCCCGAGUGCCAGGAAGUUCUUCCCAAGGCCCCCGGCGGCAAGGAGCCCUUACCAGAAGGUCUUUUCUGGCUGCUCCUGACCGGCGAGGUCCCUACUGAGCAACAGGUUCGCGACCUCUCUGCUGAGUGGGCCGCUCGAUCCGAUAUUCCCAAGUUCGUCGAGGAGCUUAUCGACCGCUGCCCUACCGACCUCCACCCUAUGGCGCAGUUCUCCCUUGCUGUCACCGCACUUGAGCACACCUCGUCUUUCGCCAAGGCUUAUGCCAAGGGUAUCAACAAGAAGGACUACUGGGGAUACACCUUCGAGGACUCGAUGGACUUGAUCGCCAAGCUCCCCACUAUUGCUUCUCGCAUCUACCAGAAUGUCUUCAAGGGCGGAAAGGUUGCGCAGGUUCAGAAGGACAAGGACUACAGUUUCAACUUCGCCAACCAGCUGGGCUUUGGCGAGAACAAGGACUUCAUCGAGCUGUUGCGACUAUACCUGACCAUCCACACUGACCACGAGGGUGGCAACGUCAGCGCCCACACUACUCACCUUGUUGGCAGUGCUUUGAGCUCUCCUUUCCUAUCGCUCGCCGCUGGUCUAAACGGUCUUGCUGGUCCUCUUCACGGUCUUGCCAACCAGGAGGUCUUGAACUGGCUUACCGAGAUGAAGAAGGUAAUUGGUGAUGACCUAAGCGACGCUAAGAUCACCGAAUACUUGUGGUCCACUCUCAACUCCGGCCGAGUUGUUCCCGGUUACGGCCACGCCGUUCUCCGCAAGACGGAUCCCCGAUACACCGCUCAGCGAACAUUCGCCCUAGAGAAGAUGCCCAACGACCCCAUGUUCCAGCUAGUCAGCCAGGUUUACAAGAUCGCCCCCAAGGUCCUAACCGAGCACGGCAAGACCAAGAACCCGUUCCCUAACGUCGAUGCUCACUCUGGUGUCCUCCUCCAGUACUACGGCCUGACUGAGGCUAACUACUACACUGUCCUAUUCGGUGUCUCGCGUGCCAUUGGUGUGCUACCGCAGCUCAUCAUCGACCGUGCCGUUGGUGCACCGAUUGAGAGGCCCAAGAGUUUCUCUACUGCUAAGUGGAUCGAAAUCUGCCAGAAGCUAUAA